AUGUUCAAGUGUUUUCCGCUGCCAUUUUGUAAUCGAAAUCUAGAACAAAUCGACAAACGUCAUUGUAAUUUAACAUCUGUACCAGAUGAUAUUCUUCGUUAUACACGUACAUUGGAAGAAUUGUUACUUGAUGCUAAUCAAUUGCAAGAUUUACCGAGGGGUGUUUAUCGUUUGACACAAUUACGUCGUUUAACAUUCAGUGAUAAUGAAAUUCAACGAAUAUUGCCUGAAAUUGGGCAAUUAGUUAACCUUGAAGAACUUGAUUGUUCAAGAAAUGAUAUUGUCGAAAUUCCAGAAAACAUUCGUCAUUGCCGAUCAUUACAAAAAUUUGAUUUCAGUGGUAACCCAUUAGCAAAUAAUCUUCCACCUGGUAUAAUUCAUCUUCAUCAAUUAACUCAGCUAACAUUAAAUGAUGUUUCACUUGCCGAAUUACCGAAAGAUAUUGGCAGUAUUUCGAAUUUACGUGUUCUCGAAGUGCGAGAAAAUUUGCUCAAAACGUUACCUGAUUCGCUUGCACACUUGACAAAACUUGAAUCUCUUGAUGUAGGUUCGAAUGUUAUUGAAACGUUACCAUUUAAUAUCGGUGAUUUACAAUCAUUAAAAGAACUAUGGCUAGAUUCAAAUGAAAUAACACAGCUACCCAAUAAUAUUGGACAAUUGAAACGUUUACAAUGUUUAGAUGUCUCAGAAAAUAAAUUAACAUAUUUACCAAAUGAAAUUGGUCAUUUAGAAUCUUUAACUAAUUUAGAAUUAUCUUCAAAUCAAAUUCAGCAAUUACCCACUACAAUUGGAAAUCUUCAACAACGUUUAUUAAUAUUAAAAAUCAAUUCGAAUAAUUUAAUUAAAUUAUGCAACGAAAUUGGACAAUGUUUGGCAUUGACUGAAUUAAUUUUAACUGAAAAUGCAUUAAAUGAAAUUCCGAAAACUAUUGGAAAUUUAAAACAUUUAACUAAUUUAAAUAUUGAUAGAAAUCAAUUAACACAUUUACCUAUUGAAAUCGCUGACUGUGAAUCAUUAGGUAUGCUCACGUUACGUGACAAUCGUAUCAAUAAAAUACCAUCAGAAUUAUCAAAAUUAAAACAUCUACAUGUACUUGAUUUAUCAGGAAAUCGUUUGUCAAAUUUACCAUGUACAUUACUACAAUGUGAUUUAAAAGCAAUAUGGUUGGCAGAAAAUCAAGCACAACCACUGUUAAAAUUUGCAACUGAUAUUGAUGCAAAUACCGGUGAAAAUAUACUCACCUGUUAUUUACUUCCACAACAGCAACAUGUAUCAUCAUCAAUAGAUACUCUACUGAAUACAUCAAAACCACAAAAUUCAAGUGACGAAAUAAAAAAUAUACAACAACAAUCAACACAGUCGCCAUACUCCGAUCCAGAUGAAUCAACUAUGGAUGAUCGACACGAACGAAAUGGUUCAGUUAAAUUUGUUGAUCAAGCUGAAGCAGGCAAAGAAAGUUCAUUGCAACGACAUAAUACUCCACAUCCAAAAGAUUUACGAACAUGGAAAAAUAAAAUGGCAAAAAAGUAUCAAACUGAUGGAAAUUUACUUCAUCAUGAUCAUCAGCAUCCGUUUCAACCGAAUGCUCAUGGACAUACUGAUUUAAAAAAUUCAUCAAUUUCAUCGGGAACAUCCGGAGCACAACCACAUCGAUCUACUAUAGAUUCAUCGAAUCCUGUACAAGAAUCAUGUAAUUACAUUCCUCCUGAAAUAUGUAUAGACGAUCAUCGUAGUGAUUCUAAUUAUGAACAUGAUGAUCAGACGGAUAGUGAAACGAAUUAUAUUGAAAAGCAUGUUGAAUUUACGGAUGAUAUGAAUAAUGAUGAUACUGUAAAAGAUUUAUCGAGUCAACAGAAACUGCAUAGACGUGAUACACCACAUCAUUUAAAAAAUAAACGCAUUAUUAGUAAAAAUAAUGACUCAUUUACACUUGAGCAAAUUAUGUGCCAUAGUCCGACUAAAUCAUCAAUAGCAAGUGGACGAAAAGAAUCGACAUCCUCAUCUGUACCAGCGAAUAGUCGUCCAAUGACAGUUCAUCGUGAACAAAUAGUGGUCAAUGUUCAUCGUUCACCAAAUACUGGUCUUGGUAUUAGUAUUGCUGGAGGAAAUGGUUCAGCUGCGUACAAAGAUAACGAUUACGGUAUAUUUUUAACAAAAGUUACUGAAGAUGGUCCAGUGGGUCAAGCUGGUUUACUUAUGGGCGAUAAACUUAUUUCUGUAAAUGGAAUAUCAUUAGUAAAUUGUGAGCAUAGUGAUGCUGUAUCUGCUUUAAAGAAUGCCGGUGAUAGUAUUGAAAUGAUUGUAAUGCGUGAAAUCUUACAAUCGUCCGAUGAUUAUUUAUUAAAUAAUGGAGAGUCUAUAAUAAAAGAAGGUGAAAAGUAUUCUACAAAUAUCCAACGCAAUGAUAAACAAGAAGAGCAGUUUGGUUUUUCAAUUGCUGGCGGCAAUCCAACAACAAACGCGAAUGGAAAUGAAAAUUUUUACAUAUCAAAAAUCAAUGAUGAAGAUAAAAAUAGUUCGUUAGCUGUUGGUGAUCGUCUAUUAGCAAUAAAUGGUUAUAAUACAGCUGAUAUUAGUCACGAUCAGGCUAUAGAUAUGAUUAAGAAUGUAGGGAAUAAUGUUGAAUUGACACUUUAUCGAGAAAAAGUUAUGAAUAAAAAUCAAAAUUCAACAUCAACUAUCAUCGAUAAUACAAUUGAAGAAAUACGAGUAGAAAAAGGAAAUGGACCGAUGGGUUUAAGUAUUGUUGGCGGUAUUGACCAAGCAUGUCCUCCAUUUGGUAUUGAACAACGUGGAGUUUUUGUAUCAAAAAUUCUUCCGAAUGGUUCAGCAUCAAGAACAAGUCUUCGUAUUGGUGAUCGAAUAUUAGAAGUAAACAAUCUUGAUGUAUCGCAAGCAACACAUUUAGAAGCUGUACAAGCACUUUUACAACCUUCAAACGAGGUUAUUUUAGUUGUCCGUCAUGAACCACAACCAUCUGGAUUACAAGAAGUAAUAUUAGCAAGACAACCUGGUGAAUCACUAGGUAUUCGAAUAAAUGGUGGUAUCGAUGGUAAAAAGAUUAAUCCUGAUGAUCCAGAAGAUGAUGGAAUAUUUGUUACGGAAGUAAAAGACAAUAGUCCUGCGUCAGCUAUUUUAGCAGUUGGCACUCGAAUAUUGGAGGCAGUCAAUUGUUCUUGUUCGAAACGUUGGUUUUGUUUAUCACAUAAAUCAUCAUCAUCAUCAUCAUCAUCAUCAUCAUCCUACAGUCAUACAUCAUCAUCAAUAUCGACACCUAUUGAUGAUGUUUCAAUACGAGAUUAUUGUGAAACAAGUUUGGAUGAUAUUGUUCAUUUAAAAGGCAUAUUAACAAGUGAAAAAGUAUCAAAACUACUACGACGUACUAAAUCCAGUGGAUAUAUACGAAAGAAGAAGUGUUUGGAAAAGUCUAAAAAAGGAAAAACAAGAUCAUGUUGUUUAUUGAAAUUAUGUAAUUCAACGAAGAAAACUUUCAAUAAAAAUAAAAAAGAUUUAACAUUUACUAAACAAAUCUUUGCUCCAAUUGUUACAUUAAAAGAUGUAAUUUCUACUUCGUUUUCACUAUCGCCAUCAUUAUCAUUACAAAGUUAUGCUAAACCAAUGCAGCGUAUACAAAAUCUAAAAGAGUCGACAGCAAUUUUAAAUGAAACUCCACAAUUAUCUUGUAAAUCGCUAUCAUUUGAUCCGCCAUUAGCAAUAAUGUCAACUCCGAAAUCGUUUCUUGUUCAUUCAUAUACAUCUGUAUCAAAUUAUCGUAUAAAUUCAAAGAUGACUACUCGUCAAUAUUCACUUGAAGAACGAAUUCAUGGUGAAGAAUGCAUUUAUUGUUCAAAUGAUGAUUCUGCAUCUGUAAAAGUCGAUCCAAAUAAUAAUAACUUCGAAAAUUUAUCUCUUCAAUCUUUAAAUCUAAUACAUGCUAUUGAAAUGUAUUUAUCAUCGAAUAAUUCUUCUUAUGAAUUACUUGAUUUGUCAUCCAUAUCAUCAGAACAACAUGCUACACUACAAGACACAAAACAAUUAAGUUUAUGUGAAAUAAAUGAAAUCAUUUAUGCAAUUAAUUCCGAUAUUGAAAACGAAAAUGAACGUAAUGAAAUUCUUGAUUCUCUUGCAUCAUCAUUACGACAAGUAGCAGAAGAAACACCUCUUGUUACGCAAGAGCAGCAAGCAAUAGCUGCUAAUCCUGCUGAUUUACCAGAACAAGCUCCUGGACUUGGUCAGAUUUUAGUUCGAGCUGUUAUGUAUGAUAUUGUAAACAAUCAAAGUUUAUUUGGUGCUCAUUUGGAUGAUGCUCAAAAAUGGCUCAGUACACCAAAUGAAAAUAUCAAUUUACUUAUUUGUCAUGGAUUUAAACCUAAAGAAGUAGUAUCUGCAAACAAUCCAACUUUCAACUUAAGUAGACAAUCAAAACAAAAUGAUGCUUUGUCAUCUCCUAUUUCGUCUCGACCAUUAUUAACCGAACAAACGAUUUCACCAAUCUCAGCAGCAAAAUCCAAUGGAAUAUUAAAUUCAUCUUCACCGAAAAAUGUAUCGAUUUCACCACAACUUAUUAGUCCAAAUUCUCAACCACCACCUGUUCCUACAAAACCAAACUUUCGUCCAUCGAAUGCACCAAUUACACCAGUUAAUGAUGAUAAUCAAACACCAACAACGAAAAAUAGUUCAAGUUUUCCACGAAUAAUACAACCACAAAAUGGUUUUGACAUUGAUGAUCUUGAUCUAUCUAUAAAUGAAUCAGAAAAAUCUUUUCAUGAUAAGAAAAAUUUUUUUGAAAGCGGUUUUAAAGAUUCUGGACCAAAACCAAAACCUCGCCAGUUUAAAUACAUCAAUGAACAUGAACUAUUACAAAUGAAACAAGAAGAAGAGCACAAAAUAAAAUCAAUGAGCCCUACUGAAAUACAGCAAUCUCGAAUAAUAUAUGGUAAUGAUGCAGAAUCAAUGCACACAACAUUAUCUCAAUAUCAAACACCAAAUUAUCUUGCCAAACAAACAUCACCAUGGGGAAGACGUGCGCGAAAAAUACCGCUCGCUAAAUUUUCCCUUUAUUUGCCUGAAGAAGAUGACGACGAUGAUGAAUUCGUUCAACAACAACAGCAAUCCCGAAAUAUUUCUUCUGCUACAAGCAGAAUCCGGUAUGACUUAAUGGAAAACGAUGAAACUAAGAGUGAUUUAGUAUAA